AUGGGCCAAUCUCAGUCCACGGGCUCAACUGGCCCCGAGGCUACACCAACCUCGGAGCAGAAAACAGACUACUAUGAAUUAUUGAGUGUCAGUCGAACUGCCACGGAUGAGGAAAUCAAGAAGGCAUAUCGAAAGAAAGCCCUUGAACUCCAUCCGGACCGGAAUUAUGGAAAUGUCGAGGAGGCAACAAGGCUUUUUGCGGAGGUCCAGUCUGCAUAUGAAGUCCUUGCCGAUCCACAGGAGCGCGCAUGGUACGACUCUCAUAGCGACGCUUUCUUAGGGACUGGCGGAGCUGGAGACGGAGCACAGCAUUCUUACAACAUCAAAUUGACCACCGCCGAAGAUGUAUUAAAAGUCUUUUCAAAAUUCAAUCCGCGGAUGGAGUUCUCCGAUUCCCCAACCGGGUUUUACGGAGGACUUCGGGACCAAUUCUCACGAUUGGCAUUAGAGGAGCGGCUAGCUUGCCAGUGGGAAGGUCAAGAUGAAGUGGAAUAUCCUUCAUUUGGCUCUCAUGCCGAUAACUUCGAGACUGUUGUGCGCCCAUUUUAUGCUGCGUGGAGUGGUUUUUCUACCAGGAAGUCUUUCGCCUGGCGGGAUAUCUAUCGAUAUUCGGAAGCGCCGGACCGCCGAGUUCGACGAAUGAUGGAAAAAGAAAAUCGACGCCUUCGGGAAGAGGGCAUUCGAGAAUUCAAUGAGGCGGUCAGGUCCCUGGUUGCCUUUGUCAAGAAACGCGAUCCUAGAUGGAAGGCCAACGCCCAGAGCGAAGCUCAGCGCCAGGAGGCGCUUCGCAGCUCCGUGGCUGCUCAAGCUGCCCGGUCUCGGGCCAUCAAUAAUGCUAAGAUGCGAGAGCAUGUUGUUCCAGAAUGGGCCCAAUCUGAACAGCUACCGAGUGACGAGGAAUCAUCUGAAGGCGAAAUCGAGAGCUUUACGUGUGUGGCAUGCAACAAAUCUUUCAAAAGCAAGAAGCAACUUGAAGCUCACGAGCGUAGCAAAAAGCAUGUGAAGGCUGUCAAAGAACUUUGCCGCAAAAUGCGGUUCGAGAACGUGGAAUUUGAUCUAAAUCCGAUAGCCGAUAUUGAGGCUCAUGAUGCCGCGGCCAUGGAUGACCAUCAAACGCUAGAUCAGAUGUAUUCUAGGGACGGCCAUCCCAACAUCCAGGAUACUAGUGAUGACGGCAAAGAUCAACAGCAAGAACCUCUUGACCGUGGAAAUCCUGCAUCAGGAGACAAUGGAUCAUCGGCAAACGUGGAAAGUCCCUCUUCGAAUUCUGACGAGGAUGACUAUGCCCCAAGACACUCAGUUGCGGCAAGACUUUACUCUGAUUUGAGCGAAGUGCAGCAGGGCCCGGCGCCUGUCUCGCACUUAGCAGAGGAACUGUCUACCAACACACUCGCUGAGCAGUCCCCGGCCCUAAGAUAG